CCUGGCGGCAGCGUCUGGUGGCCACGUUGACAGGGCGGGAGUCCGGGUGCGCCGGGUAGCGCAGGGCAGGCUGGGCGCUGAUCGUUGCUCGUUGGCCGGGUGCGAGUACUCGGUGCGGGAGCGGGGGCUGCUGCCACAGUAAAAAUGUCUUCGCCUCCCAAAGAAAAAGCAGAGACGCGGGCCGGACACCCUCCUGCUGUGAAAGCUGGUGGGAUGCGCAUUGUGCAGAAACACCCCCACAAUUCUGAUGCCAAAGAAGAAAAGGAUAAGGAUGACCAAGACUGGGAAACUAGCAGCCCACCUAAACCAACAGUGUUCAUCUCUGGAGCCAUUGCUAGGGGCGACAAGGACUUCCCUCCAGCUGCAGCUCAGGUGGCUCACCAGAAACCACAUCCUUCUGUGGAAAAGCUUCCUCACCCACAGCAUGUCAAACAGCACAUCCACCAGCCUCGCAAAUGAGCUCUCCAUCAAAAUCUUGGUCAAACUGCCAUCAGUGACUAAGUUUUGAAGAGAGGAUGAAAAUCCUUUAGGAGUCAUGCUGUCAAUAAAACUGAUCUCUAAAAUAAUAUCUGAUUUCUUUAAUUGUCAAAGGUUAAUAAGAAUGAAGACAUUGUUCAGUUGCUAUCCCAGGUGAAGAAUUGUCUUUUAAGUGUUUGCUGAUCAGGGGUGGAUUGCUUAAUAAGAUUUUCUUAUUUCCAAGAAAAAUUUUAGUACAAAUGGUAUGAUUUAUGAGCUUAAACAGUGUACUUUUAGUUGUGGCAUCGCAAUAGCAGAUAGCUAAUGUAGCUUUUAUGUUAAGCUGGUAAGGAGGAAUAGCCCUUUAGCACUGCUACCUUUACUAUCUGGAAGGGGUUUGUUGUGUGCAUUGAGAUAGAAAUCAGAGGUUGUCUUGAUUACAUAGCACCCUUGCAGCCUUCAGUAUCCUACAGUGUUAAAUCCUAGUGCCAGUGCUCUCUAAUUUCAACUAGUGAGGUGAUAAAGAACGCCAAAACAUUUUCAAGUGGGCCAAAAUCCAGCAGAAUCUUCUUGACACUCCUUCACACUCACACAGACUUGCUGUGGUUCUUCCAUUUGAAAGUCUGUGGGUAUGGAGAAGGGAAGCAAGUCAGAAUACGAGAGCACUGCUGCUGUCGGCAGAUCUCAGGAGUCUCACUAGGGACUAUUUUUUUUAAUGUGGUGAUAAUUUCAUGGUUCAAAUAACAAGCUGAAGAGGAUCAGGACCCUCCAGAAUUGAACUUAAAAUGAACUGUCCAAAAACAUGGUUUGGGUUUGUUUUU